AUGGAAAGUAAACUGAGGGCAGUGCUUAAGGAACUGGAGUCAUCCAAACUCCUGUGUGACCAACUGCUGCAGGAGAGGGACGACAGUGAAGUGGAAGUGAAGAAUAUUAUUACUAAGAAUACCAAACUCAAAAAUGAAUUGGCCGAACUACAUUGUACAGAGACUCAUGAACAUGCUCUGACACGCAUAUCACAACUUGAGCAUGAUCUCAGAGAAGCCCAUAAUACAAUUAACAAACUUGAGGCUAGUAAACAAUUAGUACAGUCAAGCGAUACUCUCUGUCUAUAUGAUGAGUUGGUUGGUGGCCCGAGCGUACGGCGCGUAGCGUUCCGCGCGCGCCUCAAAGAGCCAUUAGACCACCACAGAUGGGGCCCUAAAGGGCUGAUGUUCAGCCGGGGUUGCGGGGUAAGCGCAAUGAGGCACCGCGACCUCGGCACAGAGCAGGAGAAGGAACAGGGGGGUUUUUAG